AUGUUGGACGUCUGCCCUGAACAACUGAAUGCGUACAAAUCGUGUCGAAGGACAUCGUCGAAUUCAUAUCCUCUUUCCCCUCUAAAGAUGAGGGCAAUACGAGCAGGUGCAGCAGUUCUGCAUAUUCGGCGCCUUCUUCUUCUUUGUAUUCCGCCCCACCGCAAGUUUUCAAGAAAGUCUCGGACAGGGAGCAACAUUACAAGGACGAUCUUAGAGCCGGAGCGUUCCACGAUGGCUUGGCGUUAUCCCCAACCUCGAGCGUUGACCAAAGUUCGAGUAUUCCCCGUGCCUUACAAAAUGAGCCUCGGCUAUCAAGAGGACUUGGUGGUGGUGUGCCAUUUGGAGUACUGGUCCGAGUGCAGGAAUUGCUACCUGCCGUACACGCAGUUCUACCUCUCGGAGAGCGAAGUAUGUCAUCUGACACUUCCUCAGGGCACGCCAAGGACAGUAGUGGCGUCAACGUGGCGAGUGGUGAUAACAACCGUGAACGAAGGCAAUAGCGAUGAAGAUCUUUCAAAGGACGUGGUGAUAUCUCCUCGCGCUUUGGCAGCCUGCAUGCGCAUCGAUUCCUAUUUCGACAAAUCGCUGAUCCCGCAUUUGACGGCCGCGCUUUACGUGACCAAAAUCGAACUGGCCCUGUACAACUAUUUCGAUAAAAGAGGCUCAGCAUGCUCCCAAGAUGCCCGAUUGUCUGAAGAACUAUACACCAGAUUUGCUGUUUCCCGAUAUUCAAAGGUUCAUGUCGAUCGUUUUGGAGAAUCUAACAUCGUAUGGUCUGUGCUGGGAAACAGACGUGUUGACCGUUGAAGUGAGCUCAGCUUUAAAAUGCAACGUCUUGGACUUGAUGUAUUGACCGAACAGUCCCUCAUUGAUCCGUUCACGUUCAAAGUUGAACUCAGUCUAGCGGACAGUCUCAACUGUAACAUCAUUUCAAAACCGAUACAG